AUGAAACAAAGAAACCCUUGUCUUUAUCUAUACUUUCUUCUUUUUUAUUAUAUUCGUUACGUUUACUUCUCUCUCUCUCUCUCUCUCUCUAUCUAUCUAUCUAUCUAUCUUAAUCAAUUCUUCGAUAUCUCUCUUGUUUAUUCUUUUGUUAAUUAUUUCGUUCAUUCUUUAUUUAAUUCAACCUACACCCUGAUCUAUUUUUCUAUUUUCCGUCCGUCCUUCCUUCCUUCCUUCCUUCCUUCCUUCCUUCCUUCCCUUCCUUCCUUCCUUCCUCCCUCCCUCCCUACCUUCCUAUUUUCCUUCCUUCCUUCCUAUUUUCCUUCCUUCCUUCCUCUCUAUUUUCCUUCCUUCCUUCCUCCCUACCUUCCUUCCUAUUUUCCUUCCUUCCUUCCUAUUUUCCUUCCUUCCUUCCUAUUUUCCUUCCUUCCUUCCUAUUUUCCUUCCUUCCUUCCUAUUUUCCUUCCUUCAUUCCUUCCUCCCUUCCUAUUUUCCUUCCUUCCUUCUUAUUUUCCUUCCUUCCUUCCUUCCUUCCUUCCUUCCUUCCUUCCUUCCUUCCUUCCUUCCUCUCUACCUCCCUUCCUAUUUUCAUUCCUUCCUUCCUAUUUUCAUUCCUUCCUUUCUUUUUUUCUUUCUUUCUUUCGUUCUUUCUUUCUUUCUUUCUUUCUUUCUUCAGUUGAUUUGUUUUUCGUUUUACUUUAG